AUGGCAUCAAGAAGAUACAGGUUAGAUAGACAAGUGUCCUAUGCAAUGGAUUUAUCAGUACAAUGCCAAACUGUGACAGAGGGAAUUGAAACCUUGAAGCCAUGGAAUUUCAAUAUCUCAUAUGACAAGUUAGUCAUUGCAUCUGGAGCAGAAGCUUUGACAUUUGGAAUUAAGGGUGUAAACGAGCACGCUACAUUUCUUCGUGAAGUUUACCAUGGUCAGGAAAUAUGGAGGAAACUACUUCUAAAUCUCAUGCAGUCUGAUGUCCCUGGAGUUACUGAGGAAGAAAAGCGUCGACUAUUACACUGUGUUGUAGUUGGAGGUGGUGCAACAGGAGUUGAGUUCAGUGGCGAAGUUAGUGACUUUAUCCUAAAGAUAUUCUCAUGUCAAAGAUAUUCUCAUGUCAAAGACUACAUUCACGUCAUGUUGAUUGAGGCAAAUGAGAUAUUGUCCUCCUUUGAUGAUCGUUUAUGUGUAUAUGCAACCAAACAGUUGACUAAGUCAGGAGUUCAUCUUGUACGAGGCCUCGUCCAAGAUGUGCAACCGGAGAAGAUAAUUCUUAGUGAUGGCACAGAUGUCCCCUAUGGUAUGUUAGUGUGGUCUACUGGUGUUGGCCCUUCACCUUUUGUCAACUCACUUGAUAUACCAAAAGCUAAAGAGAGGAUCGAAAUUGAUGAAUGGUUACGCGUCCCAUCGGUACAAGAUGUAUGCUCAAUUGGUGAUUGCAGUGGUUUUCUUGAAAGUACAGGCAGACAAGUUAUUCCAGCUCUGGCCCAAGUUGCAGAGAGGCAGGGAAAAUAUUUGGCAAGUUUGUUGAACAAGGUGGGUAAAGAAGGUGGAGGGCAUGCCAAUUGUGCACAAAACAUUAACUUGGGAGAUCCAUUUAUCUACAAAAUGUUUUUUUUGUUUGUACAUCGGCUCCUCUGGCAUGGUUUAUUGCCUCGGGAAGCAAAAGGUGUAUCUCUAGCAGGAUUCACAAGUUUUUUUCUUUGGCUUUCAGCAUAUUUGACUCGUGUAAUGAGUUGGAGGAACAAGUUUUAUGUUCUAAUCAACUGGUUGACAACCUUAGUAUUUGGUCGUGAUAUAAGUAGGAUAUAAGCC